UCUUGGUAAUUGGUAUGUUUUCCCAUUUCUCUCUCCUCUUGCUCAAACGCCUCUACCUUCCUCUCUCUAAACGUGAUUCUCAUCACCAAGUAAUAAAUUUAUUACAUUCUUUACUUGCUCCAAACUUUCCAACUUUACCUUAUGUGAUCAAAAUUAUCAACCUUUCCAAAAUAUUCUCUAAUAAUAAAUCUCUCCUUUCCUUUAUAUCAUCAAUUAGCUAGUAACAAUUAACCUGUUGGUUAAUAUUAAUUUGAAUCAAUAAUCCUGCAUUCCAAAAAAAAAAAAAAAAAAAAAAUGGCAAAGUGUUUUAGCUUCACAUCAUCAAGAGACACAUGCUACAAAUAUUCAUUCGAAAACGCGGGAUUAAAAUCGACAACAAAAGAUCUAGGAGAAGGUACAACAAUGCAUUGUUGGGCACCAAGAAAGCACAAACAAAACAAAUCAAACCUUGUUUUGUUACAUGGUUUAGGUGCUAAUGCUAUGUGGCAAUGGGAUUACUUUAUAUCUCCAUUAAUCCCAAAAUUUAAUGUGUAUGUCCCUGAUCUAGUCUUCUUUGGUGAGUCUUACACGACUCGGUCCGACCGGACCGAGUCGUUUCAAGCUCAGUGUGUGAUGAAGAUGAUGGAGGGCUUAGGAGUGAAAAAAAUGAGUGUUUGUGGGGUUAGUUAUGGUGGGUUUGUAGCGUAUAGUAUGGCUGCUCAGUUUCCUGAUGCUAUUGAAAAGUUGGUGCUUGUUUGUUCGGGUGUUUGUUUGGAAGCUAAAGAUAUGGAUGAAGGGAUGUUUAAGGUUAAAAGUGUUGAUGAUGCUGCCUCUAUUUUGUUGCCUCAAACUCCUCAAAAAUUGAAGGAAUUGAUGAAGCUUUCUUUUUACAAGCCUCAAACUCGUAUUCCUAAUUGCUUCUUAUCUGAUUUUAUUCAAGUGAUGUGCACAGAAAACCGGGAGCAAAGGAAACAAUUGAUAGAAGCCUUGCAUAAGGAUAGAAAACUUGCUAACCUUCCUAAGAUUAAUAAGACCACAUUGAUCAUAUGGGGGAAACACGAUCAGGUGUUCCCAAUAGAGCUUGCUCAUAGAUUAAAAAGGCAUAUAGGUGAAAGCGCGGAACUAGUCAUAGUUGAGAAAGCAGGGCAUGCAAUCAACAUAGAGAAGCCCAAAGUACUAUACAAGACCAUGAAGAAAUUUCUCUUUAAUUCAGUUCCAAACUCUGAAAAUAACGGCAUUAGGAAAUAAUAAUGCAGCUUGGAGAGUUGGAGGCCAGAACGAGGAUCAUGUAUCGUACAAUCUUUCCAUUGAUGGAAGAAUGAAGAGAUAUGAUUUGUGCCUAUAUAAGUAUUAUAGUGUUUAUACACAAAAAUUGUGUAUGUACGAAUCUUAUAUACUACUCCGUAUAAAUUGAUCGGGUUUUAUUACAGUCUAUGAAA